UUAUAAUUGACAGCAGUCGCAGGCCAAAAUGGUGCUUCUCUCUAUUCCAGACCUCCGCCGACUCCCGUGCUUAAGUAGCUGCAGCGGCCCAGCAGGAAGCUCUGUCUCCGGCUGUUACCCAUGGCCAGGUUCUGCGACUCCAUGCCUCUGCUGGACUUACACAAGGCGGACGAGAGGCGAGCCCCUUUAAGAACUUUGGCCAGUGCUUGUGGGUCCACAGAUUGCCCCCAGCCUAUGGAAGUGUCAGAGUCCAGGGUGGUCUGUGUGAAAAGGAAUCCAGAACAUGAAUGGGACCGGAUGCUAUCAGGCCAAAUGAGCAAUGGCGUCUUUCAAGCUUGUGCAUGCUCGACUGGUAGAAUCGUCCCUGCCAAAGAUGGAUGUCUGGAGGAGCCCUCCUUUUACCCUCGCAGCCUGCAGGGUCUACACAGCCUGCGGGUCCUCAUGCCCAGUCUGUUGCGCCAUGAAGUGGAGAUGGCCCUUGAGAAGCUGGACCUCAUACUGGACCGGACAUAUGCCUGGGAAAUGUUCUCGGACAUGAUGAGAAGUCAAACAUGGAACUCUUUGCCCAACUAUGAGCUGCUGCGACACUUCACUGACGCCACGCGUGCUGUCCUGAUAGACUGGCUUAUUCAAAUCAAUGAACUCAUGCAUUUCCAGGAGGAGACUCUCUAUCUAGCCAUCCACCUCCUCAACCGAUCCUUGUCUCUGUUCAAGGUGACCACAGCCAAUCUGCAGCUCCUGGGCAUGGUCUGCCUCUUUCUGGCUGCAAAAAAAGAAGAAUCUCUCCUCCCUGAGGUGUCUGGACUCUGCUCCCUGAUGGACCACGCCUACACCAAGCAUCAGCUGCUGCGCAUGGAGCGAAAAGUCUUCAACGGGCUUAAAUUUAACUUGUCAUACUGUCAGCCUCUGCAUUUCCUCCACCUGCUGGCCUCCAUCGCACACUGCAGUGCUCAGGUGAUUUGUAUGGCUCGCUAUCUGCUGGAGCUGUCGCUUUUCGAGGGCCGGUGUGUGGCGUUUCUGCCGGUGCAGCUGGCAGGAGCGGCCCUCUGCUUGGCCCGCCAAGUCCUGCAGGAACCCCGUACAACUGAAGGCGAGGCCGCCUGGUGUCUGGCUUCCAGUAUCUACGUCGGCAGUGAGGCUGUUCUGCAGCGGAUCAUGCAGAUCCUCGCCGGCGCUGCAGCCAGAGCACACACCCGAGAGACCUGCGCUACUUUUAUUAAAUUCUCCUCCCCGGAAACCAUGCACAUCAGCAGCCACCCUGGUCUCAAACAUGCAUCCGCUGUGCUGGGUGUAUGCACUUAAUUUGUGUCCUAACCUACACAAUGAUGACGCUCGUGCCUGUGGGAGUUUGUUUUUGACAGGGUAUACCAAGGGGAGGAAGAAGUGUGAAUAUGUGAUGGCAAACACUAACAGGAUGUUUUACUGUCUCAUCUUGCAGCUGAUUUAGGAAGUGUUUUGAAUUGGUGUCGUGUAGAGAGAAUGUGGACUGUCAAAUUGUAUUGUUCUAAGUUUUAAUGUUAAAAUAAAGUGUCUGCUGCAAUGUAUGAUUUGAA